AAAGUUCAGUGUGCUUGCUGCAGAUUAGUAAGAGCCAGCUGGGCUCAGAGACAGGUCUGCACACCAGGCGCUAGUAGUGUCUUAGCAGGUCUCAGCUUGCCUUUCCUGACAUGGGACCAGAGAAACAGGGAAAAUACCAUUCACUUAGUUGGAAUAUAACAACGCAGCUGACGGUGCCCUCCUAGUGCUGUCGGAUGGCUUUAACACAAAUACAGGACCGGAUCGGUGAUAUGGAAAGGAUCAACAAAGAAACUGGAGAGCUGAGCGCUUCAGGGGAGUUAGCUGUUUUUGUGGAAGUGAAGGCAGAUAAAGUGGAAGUUAGAGGGCCCUCAAGAAACCCUCAGCCACUACAGGCACUCAGAGAACAAUUACAGGACCUGCAAAUAUACAAAAGCCCUGCUAUCAACCACAUAUCUGACCACGAUGUUAUAGAACAGAGAGAGGAGCAUCUACUCAGAGUCCUGCCUUUUUACAUACAGGUCUGUGAGUGUGGUGGCAGAGCUGAAGGGCUGGACCUGAAGGAGCUUGCGGCUCUCACUGCUGAGACAGUGGUCUCUAACAUCCACAGCCGACUGGCUGAUAGGCCUGCAGAGGAUGCUCGCAAUGAGGUGGUGCUGUUCUUCCAGAGGCUGGGCGGAGAGACAGACUGUGAGCCCACAGACAGCCCAGGGUGGCUGCUAUUAAAGUCUUUGUCACUCCUGACAGCUGACAGCUCUGAUGAUUUGUCCUGGAUAAAACCAGGUCUCCCUGCUGCCCUGGUGACGUGUCUGUACCUCCUAGUGUGCCUUCCAGCUACGAAGGACAACAUAACUGGAGAAGACACCUUUCAGGAGCUACUAACACAGGUUCUCCUCCAGCUCUGCAAACGGACAGAAAGUGUUGAGGAGAUGGUGGAAACUCAGGAACUGCAGUGCCUGAUUAUUGGCCUCACAUCAUUAUGGGACCAGACCAGUUCCUCGUGGAGGCACCAGGCAUCCCGUAUCCUCAGGACAGUUUCUGCUGCUCAGACACACAAUACUGUCCCCAGGCUGCAGGCUAAGAAUUGUGUGCGUAUCUGCGUCCAGAACCUUUUGCGCAUCAGUGCUGAUGUGUCGGGAACAGUGCUAGCUGAGGUGGCUGUAGCGGUGUUCAGCUUCAUCAGGGACACCCAUACCCUCAACCCAGCCCUCUUCAUCGAGUUUGACGCCAACAAUGGCUACAAGGCCCUUGAGAGCAUCCUGAAGCGUUGUGAGGAAGGCGUGCCUAUGGAUCAGUUCCAGCCAGUGGAGGAUUUGCUGGGUCUUGUAGCAUCUUUCACCCUGUUUGGGAAAGCCGAGCUGAAAGUGGCCUUGUGUGUCAGCAACCCCCAACCUCCAGGCUUCAAGUUUGACCCACCACUCACUAAAGGUUCAGCCGUAAAGAAUCUGCCAGCUUUCCAUCUGCUGCAGGGCUCUUUAUUGCGCUCAGACGACCCACUGCUGUGUUGCCAGAUACUGCGAACCCUGCAGACAAUAUGGGACUGGGACCAAGCCAAUUUCUUCCUCUUGGAGUGGACCGUCCAGUCCAUGGCACAGCUCGCUGCUUGUUUGUGGCGAAAGCCAGCACCUGUCCACAAACUGUUCUUUUCAUUGAUGGAGAUGGUGGUGUUCCAGUUGAACUACAUUCCCCAUGAAACUUUGCGGGUAGUGCAGGGUGUGCUGAAGCAGAGUUGGGCUGGGACGCUUUCCGGAGGAGUGGCAGGGGCAGAGUUUGGGGUGGCGACUCUCAGUUGUUUCCACAGGAUGACUGUGCGUAGCGGUCUGGUUGCAGAGGUGCUGAGUGACUGGGGUCUCCUGGAGCUGCUGCUGGGGGAGCUGCGCAGGAGGGCCAAGAUCCUGAGGAAGGCUGGAGUUGUCCCCUCCUCACAAACGGGUCCCCAAGAGCAGUCAUGUGUGGAGGACAGUGAAAGAUUGCUCACUACCUGCAUGCUUCAAGUAGUGUCUGCCCUCACUUUGCGCUCCGUCAGAAACACAGUUUUAGUGCGAGACCUUGGUAUGGUUCCCUACAUUAAGAUCUUCAUAGAUGAGGAGCAGUUUCGAGGUCCCACUCUGAGCAUUUUGGAACAGCUUGCUGAGAUCAACCCCGAGGAGUUUAUGAGCAUAGCCAUCGGAGCCCUCUGUUCCUCUACACAGCAGGAGGUGGGCCUGAAGACGGACCUAUUGCAGUCUGUGUUGAAGGUGCUGGAGAGCCCAAACAGCUGGGAUGCCUUUAGGCGAGCAGGAGGCUUCACUGGACUGCUGUCGCUGGUAGUGGACAUGGAAGGAGCUCUGUCUGUCCCUCCCCAGGGGACAGUGUGGAGGUCCCUGGACCAGCAAAGGGUGUUGGACCUCCUGCUCCUCACCCUCCAUAUUCUGGCCUUGGCUGUGCAUCUUCAUCCAGUCAACGCACACCACUUUCAGACUGGAGGGUUUUAUGAAAGGCUGGCAGAGGCUCUCCUCCAGCUGGGCUGCUUCCAAACAGAAGACCCAGAUCUGAGGAACUGGGAUGGGGAAGAGGGCUACUCUCCCAAAACUGCAGAGGGCACCCAGUCCCAUGGACGGAGUUUCCACCAGUUUGUUGAGUUAGCAGAGGCCCCUGUGGUGCCUCCCUCUCCCUCCACUGCUUCCCAGUCUGAGCCAAAUCUGCCCACCACUCUUCGGACGUGUAUAAGACUGCUUUCCUACCUCGACCAGUUUGCAACAGGGACCUACUCUGCUAUGGAGCUGAACUUUGGACUAAGAGCUGAGGAUGGGCAUGACAGGGAGACACUAAAUGGAGAAGCGGGGCUAGAAGGAGGGUAUGCAGCCUCACCCCGUGUCCACGUGGCAUCAGAAUCUCUGUCCAUGGAAGAUACACUGGGAAGAUCCAGGAAUGCUGCAGUCAGCAUUUCCACAGUCUGCUCAGAGUCCCAGUUCAGGUUCACCUGUGAUCAUACUAUUCUUCACCCAGGAGCCAUCCAAGUCAUGAUGACGCUCCUUCCAUCAGUGUUUGCUCCAGAGGACCCACAGCUCUCUAUGGAUGUCCAGUUCUCGUUGGCACACCACAUCCAGGCCAUGGUCAAAUCUGAGCGGAACCGCCAAAUAAUGUGUGAAAGGGGGCUGCUCUCCACUCUCUUAACCCACUGUCGGAGCAUGUUACUGACUCCAAACCACCCGUUACAUCUACCUGUUACACGAAUCUUAGAGAAACUCUCCUCCCAGGCCAUCAGCCACUCAGACUUCAGGAAAUUCCUGUGUUUAGGUGAACCUCUCAUGUGCUUAGCUGACAAAAUGGCCAUUCCCUCUGUGCUAGAAGGUCAAACACCAUGCACUAACCCUGCCUCAAAUGAUCACAGCACAGAGGCAGACGGUCCCUCAGGAUCUUCAGUAAGGACACUGAAGCAUUCCUUCAGCUUGUUGCGCUCUCCUGCUCCUUGUGAAUCCGCUGUGGGUUCACCUCUCCCCCUCCACCAGAUCAUCAGUCUGGUGUCCAUGACUUCACCUCGCAGCUUCAGACCCCACCGUGUCUCCUCCUCACCUGCUUUCGUCGAGUUUGACAUGAGUGAGAGUGGAUAUGGCUGCCUGUUCCUGCCUUCUCUGGCCACAGUGAAAGGAGUGAAUGCUGAUUCGGUCUCAACAGGUGGAAUAGGAGGAGACUGUCGUGGUUUUCCUCCUGCGGCGGGUCUUUCCUUCUCCUGCUGGUUCCAGAUCAACAGGUUCAGUUCAGCAUGUGAUUCCCACCCCAUCCGACUACUGUCAGUGGUCCGACACAUGUCCCGGGCCGAGCAACAAUACAUCUGUCUGUCUAUCUCCUUCUCAGCCUAUGAUGGAUGUCUGGUCAUCUCCACAGAGGAAGAGGCAUUCACAUUUCUAGAUAUGAUGGAGCCAGAUGUGUGCACGCCCAGUGCUUUGCCCACCUCUGUGAGGUUCCGCUGCUCCAGCAUGCUGAUCCCAGGUCAGUGGCACCACCUGGCUGUGGUCAUGGCCAAGGAUGUGAAGAAGAGCUGUCGGAUCUCAACCUACCUGAACGGAAAGGCAGUGGGGACAGCAAAGAUACGGUAUAUUCAGCCAUUCCCGGGCCAGUAUGUCUCCAUGGAUCCCACAGCUGUGAUUGAUGUGUGCGCCCUGAUUGGAACGCCUUCUCUCUGGAAGGAGCAUGCUGCUCUGGUGUGGCGAGUCGGUCCCACGUACCUGUUUGAGGAGGUUUUGAGCCCUGAAGCUGUGGGAGUCAUCUACACACAGGGCACUGGCUACCUGGGUAACUUCCUGGCUCUACGCAACACAGGCCACACAACCGAUGCGAAGCCAGUCACUCUCAGGCUGCUUCCUGAGGAAAGGAUCUCGUUUGGCAUCAACCCAGCCAUCGCAACAGUAACAACUGUCGCCCAGAUCAGAGAAGAUUACAAUGAAGUGGACUGCAGACUCAUUGCUAAAGAGAUGGGAAUACCAUGUCGGGAUCACUCCACACCUGUUUUCCUAGCAAAGAACAUCAGCCAGCACCUGAAUGGUACAGCUCGAACCAUAGGAGCAGCCCUGGUUGGACAUUUUGGUGUGCGUACCUUCACCCCCAGCAGUGCGGCUAAUGGUUUCCUGUAUGUUGGCGGGCCUGCAGUGGUUCUCAGUCUGGUUGCUAUGGCAGCAGAUGAUAGUUCUCUGUACGCAGCUGUGAAAGUUCUUCUGUCUGUGCUGGAGACCAACCCCGCCAUGCAUCAGGAAAUGAUCCGCAUCAAUGGUUAUAAGUUGUUAGCGUUCCUGCUGAAGAUGAAGAGCAAUCUGGUCAGCAGCAGAACGUUUCAGCUGGUUCUGUAUCUGUCAAGCUCAGUGGAGCUGAGCUCUGGGUCUGUUUGUCUUCACCAUAAACCUGCCUUCCAGGCCCUGCUGUGCGACCUGGAGGUGUGGCAGAAUGCAUCAGAUAAUCUGGACCUUUCACUUCUGAAUCACUUUGCUGAAAUCUUGAAAUCAACAAGUGACAGUGGAAAUGCAGAGGUCAUGCACAGUGUUGGCUUGCUACCUAAGCUGCUCUUCCAGCUUUCUGAUCCUGCUGUGACCUUUCGAAAGGUUAAGGUCAUUUCCUGCAUCAUUGCACAGCUCCUGAAAGGGCAUUUCACCACUGUGGACAUAAACAGACUUGGAUUCUUCCUGGUCUACACACUCCCUUCUGUUAGUGAUGUGUUUGAAGGCCAUGGGAUAUCUGACAGUGGUUUCCCUGAGGAUACAACAGCUCAGUCCUCUCAUCCAGCCAGCCCCAUUUGGAUCCGUAACCAGCUGCUUCUUUCUCUGUGUGAAAUCCUCACCUCAGACAGCCCCCUAACUGAAGAGCAGCAGAAUGCCUUGUUCCAGGCUUUGGGCAGUGAUUGGUUCCUGCUGUUCCUCCAGCCUCACCUUCACCCCUCCACUGUGAAGCUGGGAAUUGUCCUGCUCACACACCUACUGUCCAAUCACAGCCAGCUGAGCAGCUUCAGAGACAGUGUGUUACCAGGAACCCUUGUAGAGGGCAUGGAUGAACCCUUCACUGUCAUGGACAACCUUCGGGCUCAUUCUUGGUCUUACGAAUGCCUAAGUGUCACAUGUCCAGGCUUUGAUGUUCUACAAAGGCUGCUGGUCAGGCAGCAUCACCUGCCUGAAGUGUAUGGAGCGCUGGCUGCUCUACUGCUGAGAAAGAAGGCAGGAUUCACUGCUGAGGGAAAGCUACAGGUACAUUUGGAUGACAUCCUGCAGUCAACUAUUGACAGGCAGGCAGACACCCCGGUUCGUGAGCUCUGUCCUGAGGCUGCAACCAUACUGCUCGAACUAGUCAAGGUCAUCAUCACUCAGCCUGUCCCUUCGACAACAAGAUUGUCAGGCAGUGAUGAAUCACAGGAGUUGCAGUUCCCAGCGAGCGUGAUGCAGUUCCUGUGUCUACUCCAUAGCCAGCGGCCAAGAGACCCACUGUGGGCAUCGCCAGAUUUCCUCCAUGCCCUCGCUGGCGUUGUCUACCCUGUAGACAGUUCAGAGGACGGAGCGGAGCCUGGCGUCACAGGUGAGUGUGACGUGGCAUCCAGGAGUCAUCCAACCAGGAAGCCAGUGUGCGACUUCAUCCGUAUUCUGCUGAUGAACAGUCUCCUCAAUGUUCCUGCCAACAGUUCAACACACCCUUUACUACUGCUCCUGGAGUUUUCUCCAGAUGGCGCGUCGCUGGAGCAGAGGCAGAGUUUCCAAACCGAGUUGCUGGAGUUUCUCAUGGACAUCAUCCACAUGCUCAGUCACGAGGAGGAAAACAACACUCAUCUCAACUCACAAGACUCCGAGAGUCCAAGGCCUGAGGGACAGAUGGCCACACUGAUGGAGAAUAUGGCGUUCUUCAGUAAGACACUGCUGCAGAAACUUUACAGUGGCAUGUUCCUGGGGGACUCGGAGAACCUGCUCACUUUCCUCGCAGAUCAGAUAGUGGUGGCACUGGAGAAAGGCCAAUCCCAGAGAGAGAAGACAGUGUCAGCCCUGUACUCAUGCACCAAUAAAGUCCUACUUUUUUACCUGUCCCAACCUCGCCAUUCCCCAGUUGAACAGGAAGUGGUUGUCAAGACAUUACGAGUCUUCACUGCACGCUGGGAUGUCAUCAUGGCAACCUACAAUGCAAACGUGACCUUCGUCACCUGCCUCCUUCAUUGUCUAUUACUGAUACGAUCUGGCAGUUACCCUGAAGGUUUUGGAUGUGAGGUACAGAAAGGGCACAACAAGAAAACUUUUUCUCGCCUGUUUCCUGUCAAAAGUGAUCGCUCUGCAUCUCUCGACCACAGAGAAGAUUCUGCCACAGAUGAGAGUGAACUGGUCUCCUUGGUGGAGACCUGCUGGUCCAAGGUCAUGACGGAGAGGCGGCACACCCUUGAAGACACCUACAAAAUAGAGAUCUCAGCCAAUCACACCGCACAGAUGGGGCCAGUCAGUAUGACUGACAUCAGUCCACUGUGGGAGGAGACAGCACACAAAGCUUGGCAGAUAUACACAGACUCUCAGAAGAGGAAGCUGGUCAGUAGCCAUCAGAAGAAGCCCGGUCUGAUCAGCAGUGCUGUUCGCUCAGCCCUGGGCCGACUGAGCAGAGGGUCUGCCACGGUGGAGGAGUUCCUGUCCUGUAUGGAGUCUCACUGGCAGAGAGGCCACAGCAUGUUUGAGAAUAUGAGGACCAACCACCUACAGCAAUGUGCCAGUGAGUGGGAGCGUUUGAGCUCUAAGUGGCUUCAUGUGGAGGAGGAGCUGCUCAGGGAGAGAGCUGUAUUCGGCCCUGGGGCAGGGGUGCUGCUGAGCAGAAACUGGGUGCAGGAUGCAGCUGAAGGACCCAACCGCACCAGACCACGCAUCCGCAGGAAAGGUCUCAUGUGGUCCAAGCGGGUGCCAGGAACCCUUGGGCUGUGUUCGAGGGCUGGCAUGUGUGAAGACAACAGAAGUAGAGCAGAGACUGACACAGAGCCCAGGAUCCUGUGUGAAGCUGGUACAGAGGCUAAAGAGGAUGAAGAGGAGGAAGGACAGGAUUGUGAUCGUCUGACCUUCUUCCCCGUCCUGAACGAGACAUCCGCUGUUACUGAGGGUCCGCCCGAAUCCUGCACCCCUGAACCAUGCUCCCACAUGCAGUCCUGCCCCGACAUACGCAUCAUCCUACAGGAGCUGCAUCCUGGAGAGGAGGUGAAGGCGAAGAUGUGUGUAGUGGUGGUCAGUGGCCUCAAAGUGACAGAGGGGGUGCUCCUGUUUGGGAAGGAGGCGCUGUUCUUGUGUGAGGGAUUCACUCUUAGUCCCGGUGGAGAUGUUUGCUGCAGGAAACACCACCCCAGCAGUGUGAGGGAUUCCUUCAUUUCCACCAUGCUGAGUAAAGAGCCACCAUCAGCCAGCUGCAGACGCUGGCUCUAUGAGGAUAUAAAGGAGGCCCGCUUCAUUCGUUUCCUUUUAGAGGACAAUGCCAUUGAAUUCUUCAUGAAAAAUGGACACUCAGCCUUCGUGGUAUUCCUGAAUAAAGAUCACGUCUCUGCAUAUAAGAGGUUGUGCUCAGUAGUGUCAUCACUAAAAGGAAGAGGGGUUGCUGAGGUCAUCGCUAAUGCCAGGAAAACUCCUGUGGUUGGGAAAGAAGCUCUUGUUAAAUGGCAGAGAGGAGAGAUCAGUAACUUUGAGUACCUGAUGCAUCUGAACACACUGGCUGGGAGGACGUACAAUGACCUAAUGCAGUACCCAGUCUUCCCCUGGGUCCUAGCUGACUACGAGUCUGAGACCCUGGAUCUGACCAAUCCAGCAACAUUCCGCGAUCUCUCUAAGCCAAUGGGAGCUCAGACAGAGAAGAGGAAGGAGAUGUUCAUCCAGAGAUACCAAGAGGUGGAGAGCACUGAGGGUGAAGGUGACUUGUCAGCACAAUGCCACUACUGUACGCACUACUCCUCAGCUAUCAUUGUAUCCUCCUUCCUCGUCAGGAUGGAGCCCUUUUCACACACCUUCCUUGCACUGCAGGGAGGGUUUGAUAUCCCGGAGCGAAUGUUCCACUGUGUGAAGAAGGAGUGGGAGUCGGCCUCCAGAGACACCAUGGCGGACGUCAGGGAGCUGAUCCCUGAGUUCUUCUACCUGCCCGACUUCCUGGUCAACUCCAACCACAUCCAUCUGGGCUGUUUGGAGGAUGGUACUGCUCUGGGAGAUGUGGUGUUGCCUCCAUGGGCAAAAGGAGACCCCCAGGAGUUCAUUAGGAUCCAUCGAGAGGCCUUGGAGAGUGACUAUGUGAGUUCCCAUCUCCACCUAUGGAUCGACCUGAUCUUCGGCCACCGGCAACAGGGUCCAGCUGCUGUGGAAAGUAUCAACACAUUCCAUCCUUACUUUUAUGCCCGAAGACAGAGGGGGAGGCAGGUCGCUGCAGACCCCCUUAUCAAGAGCACCAUCCUGGGAUAUGUCAGCAAUUUUGGCCAGGUUCCCAAACAGCUCUUCACCAAGCCCCACCCGCCUCGCAGUGGCUCUAAGAAAGAAGGCCCUCCACACCCUACUCCAUUUUUCUUCAAGCUGGACAAACUCAAGACGUCUGUCCAGCCAUUUCGAGAGCUGCUGAGAGGCCCAGUAGGUCAGAUAUUGUGUCUGGACAAAGAGGUCUUGGUCCUGGAGAGAAACCGACUCCUCCUAACACCUUUGUGGAGCUGCUUCUUCAGCUGGGGCUUCCCUGACAACAGCUGUGCCUUUGGAAACUAUGUGACAGACAAGACCUUUGCAGUGUGUGAGAGUUUGUGUGACUGGGGCGAGACGCUGUGUGCGGCCUGUCCCAACCAGACAACCAUAGUCACUGCAGGCACCAGCACUGUGGUGUGUGUGUGGGACGUAGCAGUCAACAAGGAUAAACUCGAUCGCAUGAAACUUAAACAGCCGCUGUACGGUCACACAGACGCGGUGACGUGCUUGGCGGUGUCUGAGGCCCACAGUGUGCUCGUCAGUGGCUCCCGCGACCUCACCUGUAUCCUGUGGGACCUGGAGGAGCUGUGCUACGUCACACAGCUGGCAGGACACAAGGCCGGCGUCACCGCACUGGCUAUCAACAAUCUCACUGGUGAGAUUGCGUCCUGCGCAGGGGCUCUGCUGUACCUGUGGACCAUGAAGGGUCAGCUGUUGACCUGGGUCGAACCUUCCUGCGGGCCUCAGCCAGACAUCCUGUGCAUCAGUUUCACGCAGCGACACGAAUGGGACGCCAAGAACGUCAUCGUCACUGGCUGUGCAGAUGGCGUCAUACGGAUAUGGAGGACAGAGUACACUAGAACACAAUUACCUGGCCCUCCAGAAGAGCCCGUGUCCCCAGGGCAAGACCAGACAGCUCAGACAGAGCGAGACGUGGGCAGCUCGUGCCAAGGCAAAGGCUGGGAGAGACAUCUGGUGUUGUGUCGUGAGCUGAAUCGCAGUCAGGCUGCGUCCCAACGCCGAUACAAGACGAAUCCGGCCAUCACAACUCUGGCCAUGUCCAGGAGCCAUGCUACUCUGUUGGCGGGCGAUGCCUGGGGCAGAGUUUUCACCUGGACCUGUGAGUGAGAUUUGACUGGGUUCACGCACAAUCAUUCUUCCAGGCACCUUAUACAACCUUUAUACAACAUUACUUGGUCUGAAUGCCGGCUGGAGAGACACACGAUUACAUACAGAAUCCAUUUGUGCCUCCGGUCUCAAACCAGCUGAGAAUCAAGCUGUUUUAAAUUUACUUUUGUGUGUGCUAUCAGGCAGGCCAUGUUAUCAUAUUUGGGACAUUUAUGUCAGCCUUUGUACAGUACAGCUGAGAAAAUGACAAAAGAUCUGUAAAUCUCAGAAAAUCUGACAUGACUACAGUAAAGGAUAUGCUAUUUACUUGGUAAAUAUUUAAUUCUGUAACUGUGUAAAUAAUGAAUUUAAAUUUAAAUAAACCCUCAUUGUUCUCAUCA